GGAACUUUCAGGCGCUGCUGGGACGCCUUUCCGAGCACCCGGCUCAGCGGGCCGGGGGCGCGCACGCCGCCUGGCUUCUGGGCCGCAGGAGGGGCGGGGCGGACGUGCGGGGGCGCGCACGCAUCCUGCCCGCGGUGCGCGCGCAGGUCGGUGCGUCGGUCGGGGGCGCGCUCGGGUAACCUGUACCCCACGUAGUCGCCGGUUACCGAAAGGACUAAGUUCCAGUGGUGGUUUGCAAGUCAAGUUAAAAUGUCCCCAGAAGUGGCCUUGAACCGAAUUUCUCCAAUGCUCUCCCCAUUCAUAUCUAGUGUGGUCCGCAAUGGAAAAGUGGGACUGGAUGCUACGAACUGUUUGAGGAUAACUGACUUGAAAUCUGGGUGUACAUCAUUGACUCCUGGACCCAACUGUGACCGAUUUAAACUGCACAUACCUUAUGCUGGAGAGACCCUAAAAUGGGAUAUCAUUUUCAAUGCCCAAUACCCAGAGCUGCCCCCCGAUUUUAUCUUUGGAGAAGAUGCUGAAUUUCUGCCAGACCCCUCCGCUCUGCACAACCUUGCCUCCUGGAAUCCUUCGAAUCCUGAAUGCCUCUUACUUGUGGUGAAGGAACUGGUCCAACAGUAUCACCAGUUUCAAUGCAGCCGUCUCCGUGAGAGCUCCCGUCUCAUGUUUGAAUACCAGACAUUACUGGAAGAGCCACAAUAUGGAGAGAACAUGGAAAUUUAUGCUGGGAAAAAAAACAACUGGACCGGUGAAUUUUCAGCUCGUUUUCUUUUGAAGUUGCCGGUGGAUUUCAGUAAUAUUCCUACAUACCUUCUCAAGGAUGUAAAUGAAGACCCUGGAGAAGACGUGGCCCUGCUUUCCGUCAGCUUUGAGGACACUGAAGCCACUCAGGUAUACCCCAAGCUGUACUUGUCGCCCCGAAUUGAACAUGCACUCGGAGGCUCCUCGGCUCUUCAUAUUCCGGCUUUCCCAGGAGGAGGAUGUCUCAUCGAUUACGUCCCUCAAGUAUGCCACCUGCUCACCAACAAGGUGCAGUAUGUGAUUCAAGGGUAUCACAAAAGAAGAGAGUAUAUUGCUGCUUUCCUCAGUCACUUUGGCACAGGUGUCGUGGAAUACGAUGCAGAAGGCUUCACAAAACUCACUCUGCUGCUGAUGUGGAAAGAUUUUUGUUUUCUUGUACACAUUGACCUGCCCCUGUUUUUUCCUCGAGACCAGCCGACGCUCACAUUUCAGUCUGUCUAUCACUUCACCAACAGUGGACAGCUUUAUUCCCAGGCCCAAAAAAAUUAUCCCUACAGCCCCAGAUGGGAUGGAAAUGAAAUGGCCAAAAGAGCAAAGGCUUAUUUCAAAACCUUUGUGCCUCAGUUCCAGGAGGCAGCAUUUGCCAAUGGAAAGCUCUAGGAAACACCAGUCUUGAGAGGAGGCCAGCCAGACUGCUCUGUCCACAUGCGUGUCAGCACAUAUGGUCGCUUCCUGGAAGCCACUUGGAAUGUCUUCAUGACAGUGUUUCGCUCACACAGCAGCUUUCUGCGUCCCGUCUGAACCCAAACUUGAGCUGGCUGGCGGUAACCCGUCCUCGAGCCCCCCACCUCUGGUUGCUCCCCCUUUGUUUCCUUUUGUAUAUUUCUUAGUUGGAAGAAAUAAAGUCACAAAUCAUGAUGCAAUAUUUUUCCAGGGAAAGUAAGACAUCAUAAAUGCACACACCCUUCCUUAUGCCAAAGCCUUUGUCUCUGAAACCUCUUUUAAGUUUUAAGAUUAAACCCACCCCCUUUGCUUUUUUCCC